CACAUGCGAACCUCUUCCAAACGCGAAAAAGCACAAGGCACAUAGCCAGAUUUCCUGAUCUCUAGUAUACAGGGAGCACUUCACAGACCGAAGAUUCGCUCUAGCAACAGUUCUCCUGCAGCUAUCUAUCGUCAUCUGGCAACACAAGCUCUAUCUGUGACAGACAAGUCCUCCCGUCAUACUCGAAUUCAGGCUACCAGAUUGCUAAUCGUCCACCAAAAUCUCUAAGCGCCAACUCUACACGAUCAACCUCAACUUCUUCUGCUCCGAUCACCGACACCAUAGGGAGGAAACACAAAGCCCAUCGAGGGCAACCGCAAAGCGGCAAACCCAAGCGCAAAAAGGGCCACGGCCUGACCAGCCUGAGCCAAAGAUUUUCAGCCGGAGACUCCUUCGACAGAAUGGGCAACGAAGAAAGUAGUCCAGUCGCGGACUCGAUCCCGCCGAUCACCCUAGCAGGCCGAACCUUGGAAGCAGUCGCAGAAUACAUGAAAUCCGGGCAAUGCGAAGACAUCGUAGUCAUGACGGGGGCAGGAAUCAGCACCAGUGCCGGAAUCCCAGAUUUUCGAUCGCCCGAAACAGGACUCUAUGCCAACCUCGCACGACUGAAUCUCCCAUACGCAGAAGCCGUGUUCGAUAUCAGUUAUUUCCGAAAAAAUCCCGAACCUUUCUACGCUUUGGCGCAUGAACUAUAUCCCGGCAAGUAUCGACCGACCAUCACGCAUUCAUUCAUCAGUCUUCUGAAUCGAAAAGGUCUGCUGUCGAAAUGCUUUACGCAAAAUAUCGAUUGUUUGGAACGAGAAGCUGGAGUCCCGGAUGACAAAAUGAUCGAAGCGCAUGGUUCCUUUGCGAGACAGAGUUGUAUCGAAUGCAAACUGCCCUACCCCGACGAAGAAAUCAAGACACAUAUCGAGAAGCAGACGAUACCCAGAUGUCAUUCUUGUCAAGGGCUGGUGAAGCCAGAAAUCGUAUUUUUCGGAGAAGCUUUGCCUCCCGCGUUCUUUGAAGCGAGGAUGUUACCUGCCCAGGCAGAUCUUGCGAUUGUGAUGGGCACAAGUCUGACUGUACAGCCCUUCGCCAGUCUCCCGGGUUUGACGAGAGAAGAAACGCCUCGCGUGCUCAUCAACAAAGAACGAGUGGGCGGGAUCGGGUCUCGAGCUGAUGAUGUCGUUGUGCUGGAUGACUGCGAUACUGGCGUGAGAGAACUUGCCAAAGCUUGUGGCUGGCUUGAAGAAUUAGAGGAAAUGUGGGCGAAAACUGCGCCUAAGAAGGGUAGUGAGAUUGGACGCAAGGAGGCUGAGAAGACGAAAGAUGAGAGGCUUGAAGAUGAGAUUAAUAAGCUUACGAAAGAGGUGGACGAGACUUUGAAUUUAUCGAAGUGGUUGCAGGAAAAGGGCGCUUCGCAUCCGAAAUAUACACAGAAAGAAGGGGGCCUGGGACAUGUAUUUGUUGGGAAUGCGGGUGGACAAGUAGCGCCGAACGUCGAUGUCGGUGGUGAAGAGAACGGGACGUCGAAAGAUGGAGGUGAGGGCUCGAAGCUGUGAUGGAUAAGAUAAAUGAUACCCGGAAAUGUAUUCAUUGCGCUUG